AUGGCGCUGCGGCGCCUCCUGCUGCUGCUGCUGCUGCUGCUCUCGCUCGAGGCCCUGCGCCUGCUGCCCGGCGCCCGCGCCGCCCGCGGCCGCGCCGCCAACCGGACCCUGAGCGCCGGCGCCGCUGCCGUCGGGGGCCGGCGGCCCGGGGGCGCCCUGGCCCGCGGCGGCCGGGAGCUGAACGGCACGGCCCGCGCGCCCGGCGGCCCCGAGGCGGGCGGCCGGCGGGGGCAGCCCGUGGCGGCGGCCAGCGCGACCGUCACCUACGAGACGUGCUGGGGCUACUACGACGUGAGCGGCCAGUACGACAAGGAGUUCGAGUGCAACAACAGCGAGAGCGGCUACCUGUACUGCUGCGGCACCUGCUACUACCGCUUCUGCUGCAAGAAGCGCCACGAGAAGCUGGACCAGCGCCAGUGCACCAACUACCAGAGCCCCGUGUGGGUGCAGACGCCCAGCACCAAGGUGGUGUCGCCCGGGCCCGAGAACAAGUACGACCCGGAGAAGGAUAAGACCAACUUCACCGUCUACAUCACCUGCGGGGUCGUCGCCUGCGUCAUCGUGGCCGGCGUCUUCGCCAAGGUGUCCUACGACAAGGCCCACCGCCCCCCGCGGGAGAUGAACAUCCACAGGGCCCUGGCCGACAUCUUAAGACAGCAGGGACCAAUCCCCAUAGCACACUGUGAAAGAGAAACUAUCUCAGCUAUCAAUACCUCUCCCAAAGAGAACACACCGGUCAGAUCGUCCUCCAAAAACCACUACACCCCCGUGCGGACGGCCAAGCAGACUCCAGGACAUUAUGGGAAGGACACUCACCGAAGUGGAGGACCCGAUCUCCAUAACUUCAUCUCCUCCGGAUUUGUCACGUUAGGAAGAGGACACACGAAGGGUGAUCAUCAGUAUAACCAUCCGAUUUUAAGCAGUCCUACCCAGACCCCUACACAUGAGAAGCCAAGGAUGAACAACAUCCUGACGUCAGCCACGGAGCCCUAUGACCUCUCCUUCUCCAGAUCCUUCCAGAAUUUGGCCCACCUGCCCCCAUCCUAUGAGUCUGCAAUGAAGAGCCACCCCAGCAAGUACUCAUCCCUGAAGAGGCUAACUGACAAGGAAGCUGACGAGUAUUACAUGCGGAGGCGGCAUCUGCCUGACCUGGCCGCCCGCGGCACCCUACCCCUCAAUGUCAUCCAGAUGUCCCAACAGAAGCCCUUACCGCGGGAGCGGCCCCGCCGGCCCAUCCGGGCCAUGUCCCAGGACAGGGUUCUGUCGCCGGAGCGGGGCCUGCCGGAUGACUUCGGCCUGCCCUAUGACCGAAUUCUGUCCGACGAGCAGCUGCUCUCCACCGAGCGCCUGCACUCCCAGGAUCCGCUGCUGUCCCCGGAGCGGACGGCCUUCCCCGAGCAGUCCCUGUCGCGGGCCAUCUCGCACACGGACGUCUUUGUGUCCACGCCCGUGCUGGACCGCUACCGCAUGACCAAGAUGCACUCCCAUCCCAGUGCCUCCAGUAACUCCUAUGCCACCCUGGGCCAGAGCCAGACGGCCGCCAAGCGCCAGGCCUUCGCCUCCCGCAGACACAACACUGUGGAGCAGCUGCACUACAUCCCGGGCCACCACACCUGCUACACGGCCAGCAAGACGGAAGUGACCGUGUGA